AUGAACGGAACAGUGCAGAUCACGGGCGUGCCUACCACCUCGGGUACUAAUGGCUCUGUGCCCCUGCGUCGCGAGAUUCGUGAUCUCCAAAAGAAUCACCCAGAGCAGUUCGACCUCUUGAUCCUAGGCCUGAAGCAGUAUGAGGCCAUGGACGAGAAGGAUGUCCUGUCGUACUACCAGGUUGCAGGCAUCCAUGGAGAGCCUUUCAAGCCCUGGGACAAUGUCAAGGGCAAUUCCGCCUUUGACUUUGGGGGAUACUGCACUCAUUCCUCCGUGCUUUUCGCCACCUGGCAUCGACCGUACCUCGCCCUCUUUGAACAAGUCCUCUAUCUCAUGGUCCAGGACGCUGCCCAAAAGUUCCCGCCGACUCUGCGGGACCGGUACCUUAGGGCAGCCAAGGACUUCCGUCUGCCUUACUACGACUGGGCCAUCCGCGUCCCGUCCGGCACGAGCGCCUUUCCGAGCCUCAUCGGCUCGGAAAAGAUUUCGGUGACGGACGUCGACGGCAAAAAGAAGGACAUCGAGAACCCCCUCUACCAGUUCAGCUUCCACCCGGUCAAUCCUUCUCCCGGAGACUUUGACGAGACGUGGAGCCGGUUCAAGACGACCGUCCGGUACCCGGAUGCCAACGGUAAAUCCCGUAACGCCAUGGUGUCGCAGGUGCUCACCAACGAGAGCGCAUCUCUCCGGACCAAUGUGGCGCUUCUGCUGCUGUCGUACCACGACUUUGAUUCGUUCACCAACAACAAAUGGCGGGGCAGCAACCAACCCGGCACCUUUGGCAGUCUCGAAGACGUGCACAACGAGAUCCACGACCGGGUGGGCGGCAACACUAGCAACGUCGACCGCCUGUGGGCCAUCUGGCAGGAUCUUAACCCAGACAGCUACAUCACGCCGCAGCCGGCACCCAUGACGACCUUCACCACCCUCCAGGGCACCAUGGAGACGCAGGACUCGCCGUUGACGCCCUUCUGGGACCGCAGCGGCACAAAGUUCUGGACAUCGGCCCAGGUCAAGAGUUCCGCAACCUUUGGGUACGCCUACCCGGAGACACAGCGCUGGACUUUUGCCAGCGACCAGGCCUACCGGCAGAGCCUCCGCCGCACCGUGACCAUGCUGUACGGUGCCAACACGUUGCGUAACUUUGCUGACAACAUCGCCAAGCAGCCGGCCCCCGGCAGCCAGUCUACCGCGCAGAAUGUCGUCGCGACCAGCAUAGACAAGGUGCAGGCCACUGUACAUGCGCUGUCCAAGACGGCCAAUCCCGGUCUGCCCGGAGAGCAUGGCGAGCAGAAGCCGCUUUCGAGCGGGCAGUCUGCUACCGAAGGCCACAAGAGUGAGUGUACCCGUUCCUCCUGUCCCUGGCUUGGUGAGCCAAGAGAGGAAGGGAAGACAUGGAUGGUCCGAACUGAUGGGAUACCUCUAGGCCCGAUUCCGUCGUCGCUCGCACGUCUAGCCCCGCACAACACGUAUAACGAGUGGAUCGUCAAUGUGCGCGCUCUCAAGCACUGCCUCGGCCAGGCAUACCGCGUGCUCGUCUUCCUCGGCGACAUCACCUCCGACCCGGUGGGCUACGACACCGAGUACAACUGCGUCGGACGCGUGACCGUCUUUGGCCGCGGCGCCACGACCCGCUGCGGCAAGUGCCAGAAGGACAGAGCCGAGGACCUGACCGUGACCGGCACCGUCCCGCUCACCUCGGCCCUCUUGCAAGACAUCACUGGGGGCCAGCUGCGGGAUCUGACCCCAGAGAAGGUGGUCCCGUACCUCAGGGAGCAUUUGAAAUGGCGCGUGACUCUGUACAACGGGGAUGAAAGAGCAGUCCCAGAUGUGCCCGGGCUCCAGGUCAGUGUGUGCUCCACCCAGGUCACCAUUGACGACGAGGGGUUACCCAUCUACUCAAACGAGUAUAUCGUCCACAGCGAGGUCACUGCUGGCUUGCCUGGUGGCAUGGAAGUGGGUGGCCAAAUCUGA